CAAGAUAAUCUCACUUCUUAACACAGUUUCUUCAUUUCUCUUGCUGACUCAUCACUCCAACUGAAAAUGGCGGAAAACUCCAACUCCAACGGCAACAGCGUCCACGUGGAACACGAGGAAGAAGAAGAAGAAGAAACAAACAACUUGAAGCACAGAAAUACUAAACCGGUAAAACAAACUUUACCGGAGGUCCUCAACCGUCUCGCAUCCACCAUCCUUUUCCCGGACCCGGCCGACGGAACUUCCUUACUUCGCCGGAUCAAAAACUCUGUCGCGGAUAACGCUCCUCUCAUUCCAGAAGCUUCUAGAAACUCUGCCAACGAUGUUCUCGUAUGGACUCGCCGUGGAAGUCCCCUCCGCGCUCUCCUCGUUAUCUCUGUCGGGACGGUUGCUUUUGUGUCUCUAUCAGGACUGCUUGUAUUUAUGCUUUUCUUUCUGACCGCGACCGUAAAUGCCAUUGUUAUAUCGCUUCUGAUAUCAUUAGCUGCAGCUGGAGGGUUCUUGGCUAUUUUCUUUGCUUGUGCUACUUCUAUAUACAUUGGAGCACUCUCAAUAGCCAUAUUUGUGAUCUCUGUUACUACAUUUUGGACAAUUGUGGCUAUUUUGAUUACCUCAGGGUGGAUUGGAUUCUUCUAUACUGUGUGGCUGAUAACAAGAAAGAGCUUCGGGUUUGCUAAACACUCACUGAGCGUGACAGGUGCUGCAAUCACAACUUAUUCUACUUCUCGGGCGUCCCGUCACCUAGUACACACAGAUUCAAAUUAGGGGAGAAGCAAUUAUGCACAAAUAGCAGCUUAUGUACAGAUAUUUAGUUACAUUAGCAUGUUUUUUAAAUUAUAUAUAUAAGCUUAUAUUGGUUAGUAAGAUGCAUUGUAUCUAGAUCUUUCACAGUUUGGUAUUUUUUUGUACUUGUGCACUUGCACAUGUUUUCAUCAAUAAUUCAGGUUAUUGUGUGCUGUAUUUGACGUUUGAUGUUAAUAUAAGCGACUUUUCUUCUUUA